GUUUGGAAGGCCAAACAGGCAGUUCCAGAUAAUGUUGAAGUUAUUAGCAUUCGUUGCAGUGGUCGCAUCAUCAGUCUGGGCAGCAGGGCCAGUAACAGGUGGUGGUCAUCCAGCUCACAACUAUGCUAGCGCUCUGGGUAAAUCAAUUUUAUUUUAUGAUGCCCAACGUUCCGGUAAAUUACCCCAUAACAAUCCCAUCCACUGGAGAGGUGAUUCAGCUUUACACGAUAAAGGCGAUAAUGGUGAAGAUUUGACGGGUGGAUGGUAUGAUGCCGGUGACAAUGUAAAGUUUAACCUGCCAAUGGCCUCGUCAGCUACUAUUUUAUUGUGGGGUAUGAUUCAAUGGAAGGAUGCCUACCAAUCAGCUAAUCAACUGAAUCAGAUGUACGACAUGAUAAAAUGGCCGUUAGAUUAUUUUCUCAAGUGCUGGAAUCCUCACACCCACACUUACUAUGCACAGGUUGGUGAUGGAAAUGCUGACCAUUCAUUCUGGGGUCGACCAGAGGAUAUGAAAAUGAACAGACCCGCCUUUAAAGUAACUGCAAGUAAACCAGGAAGUGAUGUUGCCGGAGAAACCGCCGCCGCUUUGGCUGCUGGAUCCAUUGCCUUUAAAUCACAUGAUCAUGGAUAUUCUGGAAAACUGCUUACUGCCGCCAAAAGUCUGUACACAUUCGCUAAAUCCCACAAAGGAAUUUACAGUCAGAGCAUCCAUAAUGCUGCUCAGUUUUAUUCAUCUAGUGGUUACAAGGAUGAACUGUGUGAAGCUGCUAUAUGGUUAUAUAAAGCUACAGGAGAUAAGGGAUACCUGAAUGAAGCUAAAAGUUAUCACGAAAACGCCUGGGCUUGGGCUUUAUCGUGGGAUGAUAAGAAAGUUGCUUGCCAGCUGUUGUUGUUUGAAGCCACUAAGGACAACGCUUACAAGACGGAAGUAGAGGGGUACUUUAAGGGUUGGCUACCUGGUGGCUCUAUCAAAUAUACCCCUUGUGGAUUAGCCUGGAGGGACCAAUGGGGUUCCACCAGAUAUGCAGCUAACUCCGCAUUCGUUGCUUUAAUGGCUGCUGAUCAUGGCAUCAACGCCCUACAAUACCGAAAAUGGGCCCAGAGUCAGAUCAACUAUAUUCUUGGCGACAACAAUAAAUGUUUCAGCUAUAUGAUUGGUUUCGGUAAUAAAUAUCCAUUGAGACCUCACCACAGAGCAGCAUCGUGUCCUAAUAUACCCCAAACAUGCAGUUCUAAUGUACUCCACAGUUCUAGUCCUAGUCCUCAUGUGUUAGUUGGAGCUCUAGUUGGUGGACCAGAUGCCAGAGAUCAGUAUACUGAUAAACGAGACGAUUACGUCCAUAAUGAAGUAGCCUGUGAUUAUAAUUCGGGCUUCCAAUCAGCUCUUGCAGGUUUAACCCAUUUAGUUCACGUGAAGAGUCUUCCACAAGCAGAUAAAGCUAAAUGUAAAUGUUAGAAGAAAAGAAAAUCUCCAAUAAAUAUAAUUUUCGUU